AUUGGGGAGGGUUUGAGUCUUGAUGUGUCAACAAGAUGGAGUUCAACAUACAAGAUGUUGCGUACUAGUAUAGCUUACAAAGAAGCUAUUCAAACUUAUGCUGAUGCUGAUUUGAACUAUAAAUGGGAACCUACAGUUGAGGAAUGGGAUUUAUUUGUUGCAAUUGAGCCAAUUCUUGCCUCUCUAGCUAAAGUAACCACCUCAUUAUCAGCUUCUUCAUAUCCUACUGCAAAUCUUUUCUAUCCUCACAUUGUGGAUGUCAAGAUUGCAUUAAAGGCAGCAAUAGGGUCCACUAGUUUUCAUUUGAGAAAAAUGGGUAAUGCAAUGAUGGAGAAGUUCAACAAGUACUGGGAGGAAAAGAAUAAUGUUAUGGUGAUUGCUACAAUUCUAGAUCCAAGGUAUAAGAUGAGAUAUAUCGAGUGGUGCUUUGGUAAGAUCUUUGAUGGUGACCAAGUUAGAUUUGAGAUAGAUGAUGUUCGAUGUGAGUUGGAAAAGUUGUAUGAAGAUUGUGAGUUGCAAUAUAGAGAGAGAAAAGCUGCUCAAAGUAAAUCUAGUGCUUCCUCCUCAUUAGCAAUUGAAAGAAUUUGUAGUUUGCCUUCUGCAUCAUGUGAAUUCCAAUCAUUUUUAUCAUCUACUGAAGCAAACCCAUCAAAGAGUGAGUUGCUCAUUUAUUUGGAUGAGACAAAUGUGAGUCUAUCGGAUAAGGAGUUUGAUUUGUUAAGCUGGUGGAAGGUCAAUUCACAUAGGUUUCCAGUUGUAUCAAGGAUGGCAAAGAAGUUUUUAACUGUUCCAGCAACAUCCGUGUCUUCAGAAUCUACUUUCAGUACUGGGGGUAGAACUUUAGAUGACUAUCGGAGUUCUCUAAGCCCUUCUAUGGUGGAGGCAUUGGUAUGCUCCUCUAGCUGGAUUAGAGGUGCACAUGAUGGAAGCACAUAUGUGGUACCUGAUGAGGAUGACAUGGAGACUAUUUCAUUUCCAAAAAGCUUUGUGGAGAGCAACUAGUAAUAUACAUUGCUGCUGCUGUGCUGUGUGUGUGGGCUGUGUGCAGGCGUGCAGCAGCAGCAGCACUGGUGGCAUAUUGGGCUAUUAUUUGGCGCACUGCAGCAAGCCAGCAAGCUUAACAAGCUGCUGUGCUAAUUAUAGUGUUUAUGGAAUGUUCUUGUUGCUGCAUGCUAUAAUCUUUGGUGCAUUGAUCCUGUCUUUUGGAUGCUUUUUUGGA